AUGAGACUCCUUUUAUUUCUGGUAAUCUGCCAGUGUGCCAUAAACAGUGUCAAUACCCACCGUGUUUCAAAUCCCAAUGUCAUUUUACUGAUGGCUGAUGAUCUUGGUAUUGGAGACCUGGGAUGUUAUGGGAACAGAACGUUAAGAACCCCUAACAUUGACAGGCUAGCAGAGGAAGGAGUGACGCUUACUCAACAUAUAGCAGCAGCCCCACUUUGUACUCCAAGCAGGGCAGCUUUCCUGACAGGGCGAUAUCCUAUCAGAUCAGGAAUGGCUGCUUUCUCACGAGUUGGUGUCUUCUUAUUUUCUGCCUCUUCUGGGGGACUUCCUUCUGAAGAAAUAACUUUUUCCAAGCUCCUGAAGCAGAGAGGUUAUGCAACAGCUCUAAUAGGCAAGUGGCAUCUUGGGAUGAACUGUGAAAGCAGUAAUGACUUCUGUCACCACCCCCUCAGUCAUGGAUUUGAUUACUUUUAUGGGCUUACCGUGACCAAUUUUAGAGACUGCAAACCUGGCCAAGGCAGUGUAUUUUUAAAAGGGGUUCAGAAAUCUCUUGUCAUCCCAAUCCAAAUUGCUGGAAUCACUGUGGUCUCUUUGGCAAUAGUGCAGUACUUUGGCCUCCUCAAAGUACCAUUCCAAGCAUUGGGUUACUGCUUCUUAAUAACCGCUAUUUCACUUGCGGUUUUGAUUUUUUUCUUUUACCAUUUUCGACACUUGAACUGCUUCUUAAUGAGAGACUAUCAGAUUAUCCAGCAACCACUAUCCUAUGAGAACCUUACUGAGAGACUGACAAAGGAAGCUGUGCAGUUUAUAGGAAGGUAG